AUGCACCUCCAAGGCGUGAUUGUCGACAACAACGCUACGCACGGCCCCGAGAAGACACUGGCGUCUUUUGACGGCAUCUUUGACACUAUUUUGGUCAAGGCGCGCAAGGCCAAGCCGCCGCUCGCCACGCAAGUGCCACACUUCGAAUAUGCCGUCAUCUACGGUAGCGGUGUCUUCACCCCCGAUGAGCUUCGACUCUUGACCAGCGACGACAAGGAGGCGUCGGACCUCGGAGGUGUGUGGCGGCGACCAUCGAGCCACGCAGCGGGCCUCGCCGAGGUGGACCGCUACGUGGACCAUGCGGCGCUCUCGUGUGUGAUGGACACCAAGUACCUUGUCAACUCCAUGCAGUUGAAGCCAUCUGAGCUCAAGAGUGGCCUCCGCACGCUUGAAUCGUCGCUCAAGGCCGGGCUUCAGCAGCGACAAGAGCGCUGGGACGCGGCCAACAGCGUCGUUGCCAAGUUUGAAGCGCACCGUCCGAGCAUGCUUCGCUUUGCGCAAAGUGUCGCCGAGGGUCAAAAAGCCGCGCAGCUGCUCGGGACGACACUGAGCUUAGCCAAGCAAUCGAAGCUGCUUGGCUUAGACAUGAAUAACGUCCUAUGUUUCAUGACAGUACUAUUGUAG